AUGUGCAAAAAGGCGAAAUCGAAAUCGUACGCACUACCUGAUUUCCCUAUUCAUCCAAAACAAAGAGUAACGAAACCACAGUAUCCGUUCCAGCGAUGCGGUAUGGAUUACAUGGGACCCUUCAACUUCAAAAUUGAUAACUUGACUAGAUCCAAAUACUGGAUCAUGCUGAUAUCCUGCUUGAAUACUAGAGCUAUUUUUACGGAGAUAGUAACCAGCAUGUCUACAGCAGCACUUCUCCAUGUAAUUUGGCGAUUCGUCGCAACAAACGGGUUCCCACAAUGGAUAAUCUGCAACAACGCCAAAGUCUUCAACACACUCAAGUCGCAUUUGUUCAGGAAGCAACCAGAAGAUGAAAACGUCAUGGACUACUGCGCAAACAGCAAGAUCUCCUUCCAUUUCAUCGGAAGCCAUAGCCCUUGGCAAGGAGGCUUUUACGAAAGAAUGGUGGGGACUUUCAAAGCAGCUUACCGGAACGCAAUCAAAAACAACAUCUUCGAUAUCGAAAUGCUAAAAACCCUUACAGCCAUUUGUAGCUCAAUACCGCUCGCUUACGUGUCCGACGAGCACUCUCAUCACCCGCUGAGGCCAAUCGACUUUCUUCGACCAACAGCACUAAUUUCUAUGCCACGCAUCGAGCUCAUCGAAGAUUUCAACCCACACACUGACCUUCAAGGAAACCUAAUUGAAAUGUGGAACUCUACAAACGAGAUCCUCACCUUAUUCUGGAAACGAUGGAGAGCUGAGUAUCUGGUCAGUUUGAGAGCAGUACAAAAGCAGUCACCACCACGCACGUCUCGAAAUCGAUGCACAACCAAGCCUUGA